AACAUAGGAUAGCAUCUUACAGGGGAUACAAGUUCUAUUGGAAUAAUGAGACUGAAAAAAUACCCCGAGUCAGAGGUCCUUGACCUGACGGGUCGAAGGUUACAAAAGAUUGAGGUGCCGCUCAACUUAGAUCCUGCCACCAUUAUAUGUGACAAAAACAAUGUGACCAAGAUAGAAAAUCUGGAACGAUGCCACAACCUCAAACAGCUAUCUCUGUCCGGGAACAGGGUGGUAAGGAUGACUGGAGUAGGGAAACUGAAAAACCUGACCGUCCUCAAUCUACCCAACAAUAGUAUAGUGGCAGUGGAAGGUUUAAAAGAACUUCUGCAGCUGGAAUGGUUAAACUUAUCAGGAAAUAGCAUAAAGGCUAUUGAGAAUCUGAGUACCAACAUCAGCCUGGGUCAUCUGGAUCUGUCGGAUAACAAUAUAUCAUCCUUAUCAGAUAUCACACACCUGAGAAGUCUUCGGACACUUCUUCUCCAUGGCAACAGCUUGACCUCACUGAGAACAGUCCCGCAGCAUUUCCCAAAGUCCAUAGUCAUCAUGUCAUUGGCUGAAAAUGAAAUAUUAGACAUCAAUGAGGUGAUGUACCUAUCUUGCCUGCCCUACCUGGAGCAGUUGUCACUGACCAAUAACCCCUGUGUGCUGAUGACCGCCUCAACUCCUGGCUUUGAUGGUCGGCCUUUCAUCCUCAACUGGAUAAGUUCCCUCAAGGUGCUGGACGGCUACCUCAUCACAGAGAAGGAAAGACUGAAGGCUGAGUGGAUUUACUGCCAAGGCAAAGGGCGGCACUUCAAGCCCGGCCAUCACGUGGAAGUGGUGGAGUACCUGGCCAGUGUGUGUCCACUCACAAACUCUGCCGAGCUGGAAUCCCAAGAAGAUGCCAAGUUAAGUAAAAUACUCUCUAAACAAAAACUACAUCAACAGGAGCUCUCGCAGGAUCUAUCCUACUCGUCCAAUCAGAGUACACUCAAUGAUCUGUCAGGAACCGGCUUUACAGACACGCUCACACAACCAGACACCAGCACAGCGUACAACAGACCAGUGCGGGCGUCCUCCGAUGUGAGCCACAACUCAUACAACAGACACCCAGUAAGGGCCUGGACCACAGCAGCUCGAUAUGGUGACGGUGACGUCAGUAGAGACAGCCAUAUCGCUACGCAAUGUAGUGACCUCAAUAUUCAGGAGGUGACCUCUGACGAUUAUGAUACCAAAAGUCAGACAAGUUUGCUGGACUCCGAAUCCAUUUAUCUGCCUGUUUCCGAGGCUAGUACUUCUAGCAAUCGUCCAAUGACAGCCCCUGUUAUAUCCGGCCACUCACCGGCCACCAACUAUCUGGCCCACAGAGACAACCGGCCAGCCACGAUGAUGGAGACUCGAUAUGAAGCAUACAACAACCGACCAAUCAAACCCGUGAACCCUGAAGUGCUCAAAGGGCUCCUAAAACCAAAAUUUGAUUAUUCACCCCCACAGCAAUCCGGAAAUGAACCAGCAAUUGGAGCUAAAAAGAAAACUCCACCGACUGCUCAGGCCCACGACUACGACACAAGCCAGGAAGUCUCCGAGAUAGAACAGAUUCUGAGUCCGCCAAAAGAUUCCAUUCCCGUGGAAAACAUAAGUCAAAUCAAGGAAGUGGCUGAGAAAAAAUCCCGAAAAGGAUCGGGAUCAUCAGUAUCCACAAGGACUGGUGCUCCACAGAAAACUUCAAAACUGAAUACCUCACACAUUACACAAAAAACGACAGAAAACGUUGGUAAUAGAAGUAAUAUCCCUGUUUCAAAGGGAGCUAAUGUGACACGGACACAUUCUGACUAUCUUCCAGGAAAAUAUGCUGCCACAGUGAGGAAGAUUAGUGGGGAAAACCUUGCUGACAAACGGACAAAGGCACAUUUACCUGAUAAAUCUCAUGUGUCGGAUAAAAGUGAUAGUACGCGAGAUGUGAAGGCAAGUGUGCGUGACUCGGGUGUGUACUCCCGCCCUGUUAGUGAUGCCGUACUCGGGGAUUACGGUCCUGAAGAUCACAAAGCUGCGAUAAUGAUCCAGUCUGUGUGGCGAGGUUUCCGAACGCGGUCCAAGGAUUCGGAGGUGGUGUUCAUUCGGAAGGAGAUCAGGGCCCGCAGAGCCGAGGAUCACAUCAUUCUGCUACGCUCCGAACUUGACAGGCAGAAAAAGUUGUAUGAUGAAGAAAAGCACCUUCGAUCUCUACAAAUGGAGGCCAUUAGGUUUCUUUGGAAGGAGGUACAGUCACUACAGCACUGGAAGACCGAGGUUCUCACUUCACAGUCGUUCAAGGGCACAAUGGACUCUUCGCGGGGGACAGAGGACAGCUCGUAUAACUACAGCCAGGAAAUCCAGAACACCCUCCAGAGGAUGGACUCCUUAAACACCGGACAUGGAACUGUCCCGGAAGUAGACUUGGUGAAACACCGGCAGCUAGAAAAAACAUGUGCCAAUCUGCAGAGUCAGGUGUCACAGCUUCAGACAGCGCUACAGUCAGUAUCCAGUGUUGUGUUCCAAAGCGGAUUGUUUUCCGGAGGCAACGAGACCACAGAAGAGAAUGUGUCGCUGUUGGUUACCGGGUAUGAGGACGAUGACAUCUCAAGCUGUGAUGACGAAUCCAGUAUAGAAGGCCCAAGAUGGGGGUCAGUACCCAACUCGCUGUCUCCCUACCCCUCGGAGGAAGAGGAGACCUACUUUUCCUCCGUCCCUCAACCAGGUUUCCCUACCCCUCCACGCAACCUCCGACUGGAACACAAGGGUGAGACCUCGAUCGUCAUUUCAUGGCAGCCGUCCAAAAUACUGGACACGUACAACAAGGAGGUCAACCAGCCAUUACUGGGGUACCGAGUCUAUGUGGAUGAGAAACCAACGUCCAUGCUAGCCAACAAUCUCCUCCGAGCCCUGAUCCACGGACUGAACACACAGCUCACCUACAAGAUCUAUUUAAAGGCAGUGUCAUCGCUAGGGGAGUCCAACAUGUCCAACAUUUUAAUGGCAGGUGUUUCACAAGGUAGCAGCCUGCCCCGUAAACAGUCGUUAAGUAGUGACAGUGACGAUAGUGACGAGAAAUAUUCAACAGAAAGUUCAGAUGUUGCACGCAAUCAUGUCCCUCAGCGUCGACAGCGACGCAUUAAAUCUCCCAGACAGGACAAGCGCCAAGCACAUGCUCGCGGCAAGGAGUCUAGUGCUAGUGAUCAAGAAAAUGUGAAGGAGCGCGAACGACCUAGUUCAAGGUCAGAACGACCCGGCAGUUCAAGGUCAAACACUAACAGUGAUGGAAUUUUUGUGCAACCAAAAUUACAUACACAUCGACGCAAUCGGAGCCGAGAUUCACCUAAUGAUGGGUUAACUAUUGGAGUACGACAACAAGAGUCGACACAUCCUAUCCCAAAAGAAUCGCACCAGUCACCACCUGCAGGCAGUCGGUGCAAGGAAAAUUCUCUCAGUGCAUCCAAAAUGUCAGAAACAUUUACCAUUGACAGCCAGAAUUCUCUGUUGUCUGCCAUCGCAGCCACAAGAGCUGCCUUGCAUGGUGGGGAUGGUGGUGUAAAGGAACAAUUUGUGAAAACUCACCGUCGGACACGAAGCAAGGAGAAAGUGACAGAGAUGCCAUCCACAGAAGUAAGCCUUGUCGACAGUCCUGGAUCAUUGCCUAGUGCUCCCAACAUUAGUGUUAGUUCAUCUCCAGAGACGAAAAUUCUCAAUGUGCCAACGCAAGAUGCUGGGGCAAUUCCAAACGAAUCUACACAAAAGGGUCAUAGACGGACACGGAGUAAGGACCUGCAGAACCCGGUGUAUGAGUGGAGGAAAGACAUUGAUAGCACUACCAAUGUCAAGGAUGUGAAAAAAGCUUGGACAAAAGAAUCUGGUUGUGAGGUUCAUGGUAUUCCUGUCAUAGAUGGCAGUAAAAGGCCUAGCAGUCGUCCAGGUAGUCCUGCACCCUUCGACAUCUCGGAAACUAAAUUACAAGUGGACAGAAAAAAGAGUGUCGCUGACUUACUAGAACAGCGCUUCUCUAACAAACCUGUGUCUCCACUUGAGGGUGGUGACACGGCAAACAAAGCGGCUCUUCCUCCACGCGUGCGCAGGAUCGCAAGUAAUGAGGAUGUGUCGGACGGUGGUAGACGCACACCAUCAAAAACAGCCUCUCCAACAUAUGUUGAUCGAAGGAGAUCACCAUCCAAUGGCUCAGAGAGUGAUGUUAGUGAAUCCUCUGCAGCAAGGCAUUUAGAUAUGGAUGGUGGUAAUCGGACAAACAAUACAGGGAUUGUGUCAAAACUCUUACAAAAGUUAUCUAACAUGUCAAAAACUCAAGGGGAAAUCAGAGAUCGAGGACCAAAACCAAAGCUUAAGUCAACAAGUGAGGUGCCUACUGGUGCUGAGGAAAGCAUAGUUUAUAGGCGACAGCGGCAGCUCAGUGGCAGCGAAAGCGAGCCAGUGGCAUCCUGCAUACCUGUCACAGAGAAACCGGCCCCACACCACCAUAGUGAUAACUCCUCUGGGAAUCAGUCAGAUGAUCCACAGGGCCCACGUCGUCAACACAAGACUCACAGAAGGACCAGUUCCGAUCACAAGAUCAAGAACACAUCUCCAACGACACCCAGUAAGAAGACUAGUGCCCAGUCGGGAGUGAAAAGGAAUGCAUCCUUCAGUGGAGUUCGUCUUUCCAAACAGGUGGACCCCGGUAGGAGUGGCUCUGAGGAGAACCUGGCAGAAAAAUCAGCCAUGUCAAACUCGGCUGGUGCAGUCAUGAUGGAGUCGAUGACACGCCGACAGGAACGAUCUCGGUCUGGGAGUCCAAAAAACCAACACAUCCCCAUCUUAUCCGUCCAAAAACUACAGAAACAGACCAAACCGCCGUCCUGAGAGCGCUCACAUCUUCAUCUCAAGUUACCAUUUCAUCAGCCUGCCGUCUUCAAUAGCAUCAAUGCCAGUAUCACAUGCUACUUUUCAGUUAAUGCAUUUGUCAUUGAUUUCAUGUGGAAAAUCUGAAGGUUAUGUGAACCUUUAAAGAGAAUGAGCUGUUCGACACCAUUCAUCCCUUAUCGCAUUUAUAAAUGUUUCUCUGGGAGAUCAGUAAUACAUCUGUUUCUCUCGGAGAUCUAUCCCAAGCAUAUUUUGUUUUAAGUGUUGGUUUUGAAAAAUAUUCAUGCAGUUCUAUCAAAUGAAGACAGAAAUUUUGUGUACUGAUUUUGAAAGUUGAAUUAAAGAAAUCACUGCCUUUGUUUAUCGGAUGCUGUCCCAUGGGGGACUCAAGUCAGGAGGUCAAGGACUGAUAGUCAAUUUUUGCAUUGUCUUAUUUCAUAUUUUGUUAUUGAUUAGCUUGGAUGGUAAGAACAGAAAGUACAUUUUGUAUCAAAUGUUCUUUAAUCUUUCUCCAGUUCAAGUUAAAAUUCUACCAGUGAAGAGAAAUUUGUACUUGGAAUAUAUCUGAAUUUUUUAAAAAUUGAAUAUUUUAUUAUUCAAUAGCUAAUAUUCAUUAUAGAAUAUUCUUUAUGAAGCAUAAUGUUUGUUUUUUAUGCUUAUAUAAGCUAUUUCUGUUAAAAGUUGCAUUUUGAGUGUUUUAUUUUGGUGCUUACUGCCAAUAAAAUGAACAUGUGAUAUAAUGAUUGGGGAAAUAAUACAACUCUGCUAAAAAAACAUGUAGGGUUAUCUCCCUUGCAUUGUGUGAUAUAUCAAUUGUGAUAGCUAUAUACAUCUGCUCAGUGUGAAUGACUUUAGAAAGGAGUUGAUUUUUUUAUUGUUGUCCUCAAACUACUGGCAAUGUUGGAAUUAACACUACGCAAGCGUUAACAAAUUGUAAAGAAAUGAGAGAGAAACUGAUAAAUAUUGUAUCUUGUUGAUAAGUACCAUUCUGUGUUGUCAUGGGAACCACAGUGCCAUAAGUUAUACUUUUGUCCUGUUAUCCUACCAGUUGAUGCUGUUAGUGCUGCAUUUUUUCAUGAAAAUUUUAAUAUUUUUGUGAUGCAUGCAUUUCUAAAUAUACCAGUUUAUCUUGUGAAACACGCGUGACUUACAAAACCUGGUCUCAAAACACAGAAUUUUAGCCCCAAAGUAUGGCAGAUUAUAAGAUUAUUGUACAUUUCACAUUUUUGUCGUUGAUGAAAAUAUUUUAAGUUUGUCCUUCAAUUCCAAUAUCUGUACAUUCCAUGUAUAAUGAAUUAUUGGUAUGAUAAAUUAAUAAUUAUAAAGGUCAGCUGAAAAUUCCUCCGGUCAAUGUUUAUUGUUUUAUCACAUUUGAUAAGAUCGAUUAUUUUACAAGUCUUUAUAUGUUAGCAAAUGUUUUAAACCUGUGCAUUUAUGUUUUAUGUCCAUCUGUUUUGUUUCACGUCAAUUACACGCUGAUCCCCUGUAAUGUAAAACAUCAUACACAGUAGAAAACAGACAUGUUCAGUAAAUAUCUAUCAACUAGUUCAAGGUUAUGAACUAGUAGAAGGUUGUGAACUAGAUGUAUGAACUAAUGGCAAAUUUGUGGGUGACAAAACCUGUUCCAUAAAAUAGCACCUAACAAUGACCCAUUAACUGUCGUCUUUGAGAUAAGCUCCUCUGUGCAUAUGUUUCACACAUAUGUAGUCUGAAAGAUUGUGUUUACACAUAAUUCCAUCAUUUGUUUGAUAUUUUAACAAAGAAUGCAUGAUUUGGACAUGUCACAUUUUGAUUGCUUCUGUUACAUAAGGUACCUGGUUGUAAGAGUUUUAGUUGCCGCCAGUAAGUAGAAAUGUAUUCAAAUACAUGUUUGACAAAAUAAAACUUGUUUGAAACCUAAAGACAACAAAAAAUGUAAUACAUUAUCAGCGACUUUUAGUGUUGUAUAUGUUGUAGGGUUAUAUUGUUUCAAUUCUCCAUUAGAUCAUUGUCUAUGUCUGUUGUACCCAGUAUCAAUUCUCCAUUAGAUCAUUGUCUAGGUCAGUUGUACCCAGUAUCUAUUCUCCAUUAGAUCAUUGUCUAUGUCUGUUGUACCCAGUAUCAAUUCUCCAUUAGAUCAUUGUCUAUGUCAGUUGUACCCAGUAUCAAUUCCCCAUUAAAUCAUUGUCUAUGUCAGUUGUACCCAGUAUCAAUUCUCCAUUAGAUCAUUGUCUAGGUCAGUUGUACCCAGUAUCAAUUCCCCAUUAGAUCAUUGUCUAGGUCAGUUGUACCCAGUAACAAUUCUCCAUUAGAUCAUUAUUUGAGUUGUUUUUGUACUGUGUACCGGUUAGAUCAUUAUUUGAGUUGUUCUUGUACUGUGUACCGGUUAGAUCAUUAUUCGAUUGUCUGUAUACGUACCAGUUACAUUGGUGUUAUGACGAUGGCAUUUAAUACUGCAUUAGUAAUGCCAUGGAAACUAGUUUGAUCAGUCCAUGUCAAAUAGAUCCAGUCAAGGAUUAUCUUAUCAUUGUAUAAAUGUGAUGCUUUGUUGAUGAAUAUAAAUUCUGCUUUUGAAAAGUGAGAAUUUUUGUACCAGUUAAAAACCCAAUUGGACCUGUGAUUACCAAACACUUAAUAAAUUGUAAUUAGUGCUAGAGAUAAUACACAUGUUGUGUAUCUUUUUUAUAACUACAUUUCACCCAACCCACCCUACUAAGAGGGCACAUUGACCUCUAAUAAUAUAACUAUCCUCCAUCUCUCACUCCUCACAGGUAGGGCACAUUGACCUUGAGUAUCUUUCGAUAACUAUCCUCUACAAGUUACAUAAAGUGUACACACACUUGGGUAUCUAAUAAUAAUCCUCUGCCAUCUAUAAGGAGGACGUACACAAACAUGUAUAUCUCUGUCGUAAUCCUCUGACAUGUCCCUCAACCUUGUCAAACACUUGGAUUAGUCAAACAGAGGUAAUCUGGACAGGUUUCCAUGCAAAUAUCAAGAAUGUUAUAUCCUGGGGAAUGAGUUGUUAAUACCCCUAGGUGUCGCUGUAUAUAGCUAACACAAUAUCAGAACAUGUAUUCAGAAUAUAUUGUACUGUGAGAAUGAGAUUAAGUCUGUUAAAGUGUUUUUGCAAUGAAAAGUGAUAAUGAAAUAUAUAUAUAUGUAUAUGUCGAGGUCCAUGUUUACUUUCAUGUCUGCGUGGUGUUUUAUAAACCAUUAUACAGCAAAGAUAGAAUAAACCUGCCAUUUUGAACAUAGAAGGCUAUAUAUAUUACGAAUGGCUUAUGUAUAAAUAGCUGAAAUUGACUGGAUGCGACGCUGUGUAUGACAGUCAGUAACGUUGUGUAAACUGCCUGCGACUACACGGCUGCUAUGGAAGUCUGUAAUGGAAAAAUGUUACUGAAAGAAAAUGCUUACCUAAUACAAUUUAUAACAAAUGAU